AGGAUCAGCGAUGCACACCUAGCAGGCACGAUGAUUGGCAAAGCUGUGAAGCACAUGUUUGAGACUGAAGAUGGUUCUAAAGAUGAGUGGAGGGUAAUGGAGUUAGCAUGCACACCAAGAAUGUACACAUGGUUUUAUAUAACCUCUGAAAAAGAUUCUGUCUUGUACUUGUACCGGCCCUUAGAAGUCGACGUUCGCAUAAUGCCUGACUCUAAUGAUUUGCCUUCAGAAGAAAGGGAACCAGGCAAAGUUGUGGACAGCCUGGUAAGCAAAAAGGUGAAAUAUGCUGGGGAAGAUGGCUCUAAAAAUGCUGGCAUGGUCACCCAUCAAGGAGAAGCCAAACUAUCUAGCUACUUCAUCAAGUUUGAUGAUGAUUUCUAUAUCUAG